AUGGCCGACCCAGCGGACGCCGCCUCCGCCUCCGCUGCGGCGAACGACGACGACGUCGACGACCUCUACGCCGACCUCGACGACCAGGUGACCGCCGCGCUAGCCGCCGCGGGGGAGAGCGGCGGCUCCAACGCCAAGGACUCCGACGACGCGAACGAGGCGGUGGAUUUGGGGGACGGGCUCGCGUGCUACAGCAGCAGCAGUAGCAGCAGCGAAGAAGAGGAGAGCGAGGACGACCUCCACAUCGUGCUCAACGAGGAUGGCUGCGCGCCGCCGCCUCCUUCUGCCGGCCGGUGUGACGGGGAGAGUGAGGAGAGGGAGCUUCGGGCAAGCCUCUUGAAGGGUCUGUCUGGCAGCGAUGGCGGCCUGCGCAAGCUUGGCAGGCACCAUUGCAAAGGGCUUCUUGACAAAACAACAGUACCAAUCGCAGGACAUGGUGAUAUAGGUCACCAGCAUGCAUUUCAGAAGGAUUAUUACUUUUUCUUGCCAAGGAACAGGACAGUCUUUGAUGUAAACAUUGAAGCAUUUCAACAGAAGCCUUGGAGACAACGUGGUGUAGAUCUUACCGACUACUUCAAUUUUGGUCUGGAUGAAGAAGGCUGGAGAAAAUAUUGUUUUGGCAUGAAACAGUUCACACAGAAAGACAGAUCUCUUGCAGAAAAGUCGUUUGGAAUGGAUCAGGAAUCAUAUCACAAUCUUGAAUCUUGUAAGUCAAUGCCAAAGCCAGCAACUUAUUCUGAAUUCAAUGCAAGUGAUGACCUUGACAAGCCAAAGGGUAGAGCAAUCCAUGUUGAAGGUGGUGGGCUUGAACGUCUUCCGUCAGCAGAUUUGUGGCGUCCGAGGCAAAGGGAUUCUGAUGUUGUGAUACAUGUAAACAUGACACGUUCACCCUCAAAUCACUCCAAUUCAUAUGACAACUCAACAGUAAAUGACAAGUGCAUGACUACUGAAAGAAUAUUGGCUAACAGUCCCGGUGUCAAAUGUUUGAAAGAAACCAGCCUUGUGGUGGAUAGGGUGGUUGAUAAGGAAGUGCUUAGUGCAAGUUCCUCAGAAUGUACUGGGGGCAAACUGGAUCUAAGAGAUUCAGCCUGUACAAGGGGCCAUUCUUCUAGUUCUGAUUAUUCAGACAUGCUUUCUGAAGAAUCAACAGAUGAUCGCUAUUUUAAGAGAGCCAAUAGACAUUCAAAUUCCAAAGCUCUUCAUUCAGACACCAAAUUUAAGGAUGCAAAUGUCAGAUCUGUUUUGUGCCGCCAGUCAAGUAAAUCAGACCAAGAAAGUAACAAGGGAGACAGCCAUAGCUCUACCCCCUCACCUUCUGAUGAUAGAUAUCACAAGGCAACUAAAUUUCUGAGGACACAUGAACCUGAUUUCAAGUCCAGUGGAGUAUACGCGAACCGACAAAAUGGCUACCGUAUCCUUAAACUUGGGCGUGAAGGGGAAAAAGAACAGAAGAGGAAAAGUUCUGCUCGUGUAAGGCAUGAUAGGCAUGAUGUGUUUAACAAGGAAGAAACAAUAGCAGAUAGGUACCCUAGUAGAUAUGCUAGAGAGUAUGAGGGGAAAAGAUCUGACUCCACUUUCCUCAGCAAUGAUUGUCGCAAUGCUGUUCGCAAUAAGGUGUAUGAAAAGCGUGAUUAUUCACCUAUUGAGAGAGCAGCUUUGAGAAAUGAUGUGCAGCACUUUAGCCGCGUCUCUAACCAUCAGCGAAGCCGUUCUUGGCAUGAAUUCAAUGAUGAUGAAGAUGCUGUGCAAAAUUUCUCUUCAGCCAAGGGGUGGCAGCAACGUCAUGAUUAUAGAUAUGGGUACAAGUCAAUGCUAAAAGCUGAAGUUUCUGAUGACGUUGAUGGGAGGGUAUACAGAGAAAGUUACUACCAGGAGACAAGAAGAGUCCGACAUGAGACACAUGACCACAGUGAAGAUGAUGAAUUUUUCCAUUACAAUGGCUACAGAUCUCGUGAGUUGCGAGGUCCUGAGGUUAGAGGAGAAUACCGAAGCAGAAGAUCUGCAGAAAGCAAUUAUGAGCAUUUGGGGCAUCCCUACCACCUUGUUUUGUCUCCUCAGGCAAAUGACUACCCCAAAAACUCUGAGAGGAACUGGCCUUCUCCUGGUUUAACCUCCUUGAGCUCAAGAAACAGAUGCAUUGAUAACGAAAGAAUCCGGCACGUUGAAAUGAUGAGAUAUGAUCAUGAUGGAUAUGAUCAAGAUAGCAAGCAGCAUAGUUCGGCAGUUCAAGUCGGCAACAUUCAGCGAUCUGCUGCAGCCGCUGAGACUGGUUACUGUAUUCUGCCAGCCAAGAGGAGGCUCCAUGCUGAUAUGGGCUCCAUUAACCAUAAAGAUUUUGGCGGCUUAGCGUUUCCAAAAGGGAGAAGAUUGACACAUCACCAAUCCAUGAUCAGUGAUCAGAGGCCAUAUGCUGCAGAAGUGCACAAUUCGCCGAAUGAUUUCGUUAGAGAAGCCAUUUGUAGUUUCAGCGUUAUGAGAAAUAAUAAAACCAUUUCAAACAUUGAGAGAAGGCAUGAGCGCUUGAAUUUUCAGCUCAAGGACGCAGAUAGCAUCCACUUGAAUAAUAGGAAAAGAAAGUUUAAGCGCCAAGGCAAUGAGACAAGGUGUGAAAUCGAAAGCGAAAGUGGGGGAUGUCUUGCUGCAGACAAGAAUUUGGACGGUAGCAAACACCAGGAUGUACGCCAGAAGGUGAAGAAACCGAAUGGAAGCUAUCAACACUCAGUCUACCAGGAUUUGGAGAAGAAAAGAUGCCAAAAACGCCAAAAUACCGAUGCAGAUGAGAUUGAGGAGGGUGAACUGAUUGAAGAGGACCAUCAGGAUACUGUUCCAGAAAGCAAGCUUAGCAAGCCAAGGAAGGCAGUAUUGAGGUCAGUGGUCGAAGCGAGCUCAGCAGCUCAGUUAGAGACCGUCAGUGCAGUGUCAAAAGAUGUUGGAGCUACAAAGGAAUGUGACGAAAAACGCAUACUUGCGGUGAUGGAGAAGAUGCAAAAGAGAAGGGAUAGGUUCAAAGAGCCUGUUGUUGCCCAAAAGGAGGAAGACAAUGGCAAGGCCGAACAGCUAGCUGUUGCAUGUGCUGCAGAAGAUGCAAAGAAUCAGCGACCUGCAAGGAAACGUCGUUGGGGCGGUAAUGGUUAGAGAGGCUUGAACUCGCCUUGAGCCAGACAAUACUUAAUCUUAUAUUAUCAUUUUAUCAUAGCAGUACUUCAGAGGUAUCAAAUUGUCAGGUAAAGGUGUAUGCGGGCCGUUGCCCAGGGAUUCAAGUUUGAGACACUGUAGAUUUCAUAUGUUUUUUGAUGAUUGGAAUAGGACACAAAAUGUACAAAGCAUUCACAUGUUGCCUUUGUAGCUGACCUCUAUAGAUUCUACAUUAUGAGGCACAUUUUUGUCAGAUUGAUAUAGGCUAAUAAGAUUGGCAAUGGCAGCAGACUGAGUGCCUGCCCGUAGUUGUAAUGGAUUAUACUCUCGUGUGGGGAGAAUAAUUUAUGCUGCUUGGGAAUUCUGAUAUUUGCGCUUCUUUGAAACAACAUUUCUGUGUGCUCUACU